AAAAUCACAAGGAAAACAUCGACACCUGCCUGCUCAAGGGCUCCAGAUCUCUCUCCCAAUAUCCGGCCACACCGAGCGAGCGACUCCCGCCGGCGGUACCGAUGGCCGGCGCCGCCUGGACGCUCUCCUCCGCCGCGGACCUCCUUCCCGCCUCCCUCUCGCUGAGCCUCCUCCUCGCCUCCCUCGUCGCCAUCCUCGUGCUGGGCGUCGCCGCCGUCUUAUUCGACCACCUCCGCAAGAUCGGAUGCAUGCACUCGCUGGAGCGGACCUCCGUCUCGGACGCCUUCUUCGAGGACCCCAGCUCGCUCAACAAGGUGCCCUGCCCGUCGAUUUUCGACCCUGCCGAGAAGUACAUUUCGUUGAUCGUUCCGGCUUACAACGAGGAGUGCCGGCUUCCGGAGGCUCUCACAGAAACAUUCAACUACCUGAAACAACGUUCAACUGCUGACAAGUCGUUUUCUUAUGAGGUCUUGAUUGUUGACGAUGGAAGUACUGAUUGUACCUCCAAAGUUGCCUUUGGGUAUGUAAAGAAGCACAAGAUUGACAAUGUUAGAGUUCUUCUGCUUGGAAGAAAUCACGGGAAAGGUGAAGCAGUCAGAAAAGGGAUGCUCCAUUCACGGGGUGAACUAUUACUCAUGCUUGACGCUGAUGGUGCCACUAAGAUCACUGAUUUGGAAAAGCUUGAAGCCCAGGUUCGUGCAUUGGCCAAGAAAGCGGAUUCCAGUUUAGCACCCUCUGCUACUUCAUCUCAGAGACUAUCUGAUGUUGAAAUUGCUGUUUUUGGUUCCCGUGCUCAUCUGGAGAAGGAGGCUCUUGCCACGAGGAAAUGGUAUCGAAACUUCCUUAUGAAAGGUUUUCACUUGGUAGUAUUGUUGACUGCUGGUCCUGGAAUCAGAGAUACACAGUGUGGCUUCAAGAUGUUCACCCGAUCUGCUGCAAGGAAACUCUUUACAAAUAUCAGAUUGAAGAGGUGGUGUUUUGAUGUUGAGAUUGUAUACCUAUGCAAGCACCUCAGGAUCCCGAUGGCGGAAGUGUCUGUUAGUUGGACUGAAAUUCCUGGAUCCAAAGUGCGCAUGACAAGCAUCCUGCACAUGGUAUUUGAGCUCCUGCUGAUCAAAGUAGGCUACGGGUUGGGCAUAUGGAAAAUUUACUCGUAGACCCCGUGCUGGGAACUCACUACAGCUUAGUUCCACCGCUGCAGCGUAUACCAAACUUAGUCCAUCACCGCAAAAUCCAUUUACCAAAUUAGUUCAAGGAGCACUGUAAAAUUUUCAGAGAUUUUCGACUGGGAAUAGUCCCAUUCUUCGUGUAUGUUAGCGUUUGAGCAUAGCAGAGAUUGACAGAUAUAGUUCACAACUUACAUGUAUUUGUUCCUGCUGAUAAAUCCUCUAAUCCUUUUUUGUUGGCUUUUGUCACAAUGAUUUGUUUUCUUAAAUGAAACAAUACCAACUUCUGAUCU